UAAACACGGAAGUAGAGCUCGUAAUGAGUGUGAAAGCUGUAAACAAAAAAGGAAACCUGCCUUAUUUUUGAACUACAAAUUAGAAUUACGUGUUUUGAUUAGAGAUCAGCCAUAUAAAUUAAGCUAUUGGGAGUUUUUACGUGUGCAUGUUGAGUUUUUGUUUUGAAGGAGGGAAAUGGACGAAAGGCACAAAAAGAUUCUUCAACGUAACAGGACGAACCUGGUAAAAGAACUGGAGCCGUCGAGUCUGUACGAUCUGCUGCUGGAGAAGAGAGUUUUCACUCAGGACAUGAUCGACGAGAUUCAGAGCGCAGGCACCAGGCGGGACCAGGCGCGGCAGCUUGUGCGGGACCUUGAGACUCGUGGGAGCAGAGCUUUCCCAUUGUUUCUGGAGAGUCUGGAGGAGACGGGGCAGGUGAGACUGGUCCAAGCCUUGAGGGAUGGCUCCUCUCUGGGCACACUACAGCCUUCAGCCCCCCCUGUGCUCCGGCCCACGCUCCAGCCUCUGCCCAUAGGUGAGGGAGUGUCCCUGAUGGAUGUGGACGAGAAAAUAAUAAUACCUCCCAUUCCCAUUCCUCCCAUUCCUCCCAUUCCUCCCAUUUCUCCGAUGCAGAAACGCAGCACCACUCCAACUCCCUCUCCUGAAGGAGACGUCCUUAGACCAAAACCGCAGAGAACACGCAAAGACAGUAUUCAGUCUUACAAAAUGGACGCCACUCCCUGCGGUCACUGCCUGAUCAUAAACAAUGUGGAGUUUGAGCAGAAAAGUGACCUGAACAAUCGCACCGGGUCAAACGUCGACUGUGACAAACUCCAGAGACGAUUCACUAACCUCAACUUCAUUGUAGAAGUCAAAACCAACCUCAGACAGAAGCAAAUCCGACAGGAGCUCUCGGCCCUGUCAAAGAAGGACCACUCUGUGUUUGACUGUUGUGUCGUCAUCAUUCUGUCCCAUGGGACUGAGGUGAGUCAUAACCGCUUCCCUGGGGCGGUGUACGGAGUGGACGGGCUCUAUGUCCCAGUGCAGCACGUCACUAACUUCCUGAACGGUCAGCACUGCCCCUCCCUGCAGGGCAAACCCAAGCUCUUCUUCAUCCAGGCCUGUGGAGGAGGUGAGAAGGACACAGGCUUUGAGUUCUCCCCUGAGGAUGAGACAGCGCCCUCGUGUGGUGGAGGAGAGGACAAUCAGACUGACGCUAUCCCCACGUCGUCCAGCAGUGACUCUCUGAGCAUGUCCGACGAACCUGACGCUAGAGUCUCACUGCCCACGCCCAGUGACAUCCUCGUCUCAUACUCCACCUUCCCUGGUUACGUGUCGUGGAGGGACACUCAGGCUGGUUCCUGGUACGUGGAGACUCUGGAUCGAGUGCUUUCAGAAAACGCUUCCACAGACGACCUGGUCACUAUGCUCAUGAUGGUGAAUCAUGAGGUGUCUCAGAACUCAGCCAAAGGUCUGUACAAACAGAUGCCCGGCUCCUUCAACUUCCUCCGAAAACUCUUCUACUUUCAACCACGAGCUCAGGAGCAUCAAAGUUAGCACCGCUACCAUAGCAACGCCAGCAUCUUUUGAUACAGAGACAAAAUAAGAAUUUACGAUUUAAAAGAUUGUUUGAGAUUCAGAAAAAAACUGUUAUUGCCAUUGUGAAUGACUGUGCAACAUAAUGAAUAAUGUACAUAUGAAUGAUGUACAUAUUUAAAGGGCCAUUACGCUACUUUCUGAUCUAUGUUCAAAUGUUGUUUUCUCAUCACAAACAGAGCCCAAAGUCUGUGAGAUUUUCUCUCAAAUGGAAAACACUGUGUUCCACUUUGUGAUGUCAUGUGGUAAAACAGCUCCACUGUGUUUUUUAAACACCUUACACCUUCGCUAGAAUCAUUUGGAUCAGUCCUGAAGUGACUGUCUUUACUGAACUAAAGGUAAAAGGAGAUGUCAACUUGAAAACUACCACUUUAUGACAUCACAAGGUGGAACAGAGCAUUUUGAGCUUUGUAGAUGUAGCCAGAUUAAUAAUAAAGGGUUACUCAAACAUGUGAAUGAAACAAAACACAACUCCAGGUCUGUUUUGGAGGAGGGAACAGUAUUCUAACAGGACUUAAAGUUCACAAGAGUCACUUUUGUGUCAUAUAGGAUCUUUAAGAUUUCUUUGUUUUGCAAGAGCAUUUUUACUGUGAUUGGAUAUAAAUACUGGAUUCAAGAAGCCAGACUGUCUCAGAGCAAAAUAAAAAAGAUGAAAAUGUGCAAUUUUUACUUACUUUAAAAUGAUUUAAAUCCAGCUUGUAUUUGUGACUCUGUGACAAUCGUGUACUGUUUUGUGUACAUUUGUAAUGUUCAAACUACAGGGACUUUUAAUUUAGAUUAAAAUAGGGCUUUUUCAUUUUUGAAAACUACUGAAAUUUUGACUUGGAUCAUUUUUUGUAUGUAAUUGUGAAAUAUAUAACAAUGUUUAAAGUGGAACUAAAUAAUAAAUCCACUUGUUGUUA